AUGCCGUCAUUGAACUGUAAGACCGUGAUAAAUUUGUUGCCGGCAGCGCCCUCUUGUUCGUUUUCUACUUCUUCUUCUUCUUCGUCUUUUCCACUGAAAUCGAUUAAUUUCAAGUCGGCGUCAAUCUUCGCAUCUGCCGGCGCAGCCAGAAGGGUCGUCAGCGCGUCGUCCUCUUAUUCGUUUGCCGCAGCUCCUCCGUUGACCACGGGCGAUGUCACAGCUGAUUCUGCCAUGGACGCGGUGCAGAGACGCCUGAUAUGUAUAUUGGUUGAUGAGAAUGACCGUGUUGUUGGCCAUGAUACCAAAUACAAUUGCCACUUGAUGGAAAAAAUCGAGUCGGAAAAUUUGCUGCACAGGGCUUUCAGUGUGUUUCUGUUUAACUCAAAAAACGAGUUAUUGCUUCAGCAAAGGUCUGCAACAAAGGUGACAUUUCCUAUGGUGUGGACAAACACAUGCUGCAGUCAUCCCCUAUACCGAGAGUCUGAGCUUAUUGAAGAAAAUGCUCUUGGGGUGAAAAAUGCUGCACAAAGGAAGCUUUUUGAUGAACUGGGUAUCCCUCCCGAAGACAUUCCAGUUGACCAGUUUAUUUUAUUAGGCCGUAUGUUGUACAAAGCGCCUUCUGAUGGGAAGUGCAUUCUGGCUCUGUGGCUUGAUUCUGAUAGAACAUUUGUCUUCUCUUAUGUGCAGUGGACUAUCUUCUGUUCGUCACACGUGAUGUUAGCGUUCAACCAAUACCCAGAUGAAAUGGCCGAUAUCAAAUAUGUGAAUCGUGAACAACUGAAAGAGCUUCUAAGGAAAGCAGAUGCUGGCGAUGAAGGCGUGAAGCUAUCCCCAUGGUUCAGAUUGGUUGUCGAUAAUUUCCUCUUCAAGUGGUGGGACCAUGUUGAGAAAGGGACUCUACACGAAGCAGCCGACAUGAAAACGAUUCACAGGCUCUAA